AUGAUUUAUGUUUUCUUCAAUAUUUAAAAAGGUCUAAUUCAAUUGGUGAAGAAGGUGCAUCAGGCUUAGGUUCUGCUUUAGCAAAGUGUAAUUAAUAUUGGUGAAGAGGGUGCAUCAGGCUUAGGUUCUGCUUUAGCAAAGUGCAUUAAUCUCUCAAAUUUGACACUUAACUUUAGGUCUAAUUUAAUUGGUGCAAUCGGUACAUCAGGCUUAGGUUCUGCUUUAGCAAAGUGCAUUAAUCUCUCAAAUUUGACACUUAACCUUGAUUAGAAUAAUAUUGGUGCAAUGGGUGCAUCAGGCUUAGGUUCUGCUUUAGCAAAGUGCAUUAAUCUCUCAAAUUUGACACUUAACCUUGAGUCUAAUUAAAUUGGUGCAAUCAGUAGAUCAGGCUUAGGUUCUUCUUUAGCAAAGUGCAUUAAUCUCUCAAAUUUGACACUUAACCUUCGUGGCAAUAAUAUUGGUGCAAUGGGUGCAUCAGGCUUAGGUUCUGCUUUAGCAAAGUGCAUUAAUCUCUCAAAUUUGACACUUAACAUUGAGUAAAAACAGUUUAUUUGUUUUGGAUUGUGA